UAGUAGUUUAUUAUUCAGUAAAGCAUGAAGAAUUCAACUUCUUGUGCUUGAUUAGAUGUUGGGUUGAAAUAUUUUAAUUUGUUCCUUGUUCAGUGUUUAUCGAAUAUUUUCGCAAGCUUCCUCAAGUAUUGAAUAAGAGUUGUUUCAUUUCGUCACGAAUAUUUUCACUCUUUUUUUUUUUUCGAGUUGCCUGACCCUGAAUUAUUCCUUAUCUCACUUUCUGGGUAUUUCUUGAGCAUAAGUCUUUCUUGCGCUUUACUAAUUUGGGGUUUGCUUAAAUCUAUUGAUGCAGGUCUUGUUUGCGACUAUCUGCGUUUGAUAUUUUCAUCGUGUUAUUAUGGCAACGCGACUCCAGUUUGAGAACUGCUGUGAAGUAGGGGUUUUCUCCAAGUUGACCAAUGCAUAUUGUUUGGUUGCCAUUGGAGGUUCAGAAAGCUUUUACAGCAUAUUUGAAUCUGAGCUAGCUGACGCUAUUCCUGUGAUUAAAACAUCCAUAGGAGGCACUAGAAUUAUUGGUCGGCUAUGUGCUGGAAACAAGAAUGGGCUUCUCUUGCCACACACUACCACUGACCAAGAGCUUCAACACUUGCGGAACAGCUUACCAGAUCAAGUUGUUGUUCAACGCAUCGACGAACGUCUCUCUGCUCUUGGUAAUUGCAUAGCUUGCAACGACCAUGUUGCUCUUACACAUACUGAUCUUGACAAGGAAACGGAGGAGAUGAUUGCAGAUGUUCUUGGUGUUGAAGUGUUCAGGCAGACGAUAGCAGGAAACAUUCUUGUAGGCAGUUACUGUGCUUUCUCCAACAGAGGUGGAUUGGUCCACCCCCAUACAUCCAUUGAAGACUUGGAUGAGCUUUCUACUCUCCUGCAAGUUCCUCUCGUGGCUGGUACAGUUAAUCGAGGUAGUGAAGUCAUAGCUGCUGGUAUGACAGUCAAUGAUUGGACUGCAUUCUGUGGGUCAGACACUACAGCAACAGAGCUUUCUGUCAUUGAGAGUGUCUUUAAGUUGAGGGAAGCCCAACCAAAUGCCAUUGUUGAUGAAAUGAGAAAAUCGUUGAUUGACAGUUACGUCUGAGGUUCCAAUUCGCAAUUGUUGCGCAGGAGUUUGACAUUUGAUGCAUACUGAUACCAAUACAUGCAAACUCUUCUUUAGUUGGACCCCUGAGAUGAACGUCUUGCGACCCAAAAUUGCUUUUUGAAAGAAGUCUAAAACUUUUCAUUCUCUCGAAGAAGGAUUAUAAUGAUCUGAUUAUGUAUGAGUGGCAAUAUAGCAUACCGUUCUUAAUU